GCGGGAGGAUUUAGGUCGGAUUUAUCGGAUUAGCUCCUCGGAGAGAGCAGCUAGCUGCCUCUUCAACACGAUAUCCCGGAUAAAAUCUGACUCUGAGAAACUGUUUGUGUCGUUUUUACCGAAGACACGUCGCUCUGCCGCGCGAUAAACAACAAAGAAAAGAGGAGAACUGAGCGCGAGGAGACGCAGCAGCCCGGUCUCCUUGACAACGGCUCACCUGUGCAGCAGCGCUGGUGUCCUCUGCUGCCAUCAUGUCGUCUGCGGAGUCGAGCGGUGAUGGCGGGAAGUGGCUGGAUGCUCACUAUGACCCGGUGGCGGGCUUGUACACCUUCACGUCCUGCGUUGACCUGGCGGACCUGAGCGGGGACGGGGAGAGCCGGCUUGUGGUGGGCGACCUGGGCUCCGGCUCGUCAGCCAUGAAGCUGAAGGUGUACCGGGGCACGGCGCUGAUGAGCGAGAGCGCCCUGCUCGACCUGCCCGCCGGCCUCGUCGCCUUCUUCAUGGACCUGCACGAGCCGCGUAUCCCUGCCGUCGCCGUGGCGUCCGGACCGUGCAUCUACGUCUACAAGAACCUGCGGCCGUACUUCAAGUUCACGCUGCCCGGCCUGGAGGUCAACACACUGGAGCAGGACGUGUGGCAGCAGGUGAGGGAGGGGCAGAUCGACCCUCUGACCCUGAAGGAGAUGUUGGAGAGCAUCAGGAAGAAGGCCGACAUCCCGCUGUCCGUCCGCUCGCUCAGGUUCCUGUCCCUGGAGACCAGCGACAUGGACGAGUUUGUCCAGCUGCACAAACAGCAGCCAAUCAAACGCCAGACCGUCAUCACCUGCAUCGGGACGCUGAAGAAGAGCACGGCGGACGAGGACGGCGUCAGCUGCCUGGUGAUCGGCACAGAGAGCAACGACGUCUUCAUCCUCGACCCCGAGGCCUUCAUCAUCCUCUCCAAAAUGUCGCUGCCGGCUGCUCCCACCAUGAUGGAUGUGACGGGUCAGUACGAUGUGGAGUUUCGCAUCACGGUGGCGUGUCGCAACGGCAACAUCUACAUCCUGCGCAGGGAGUCGGACAAACCGAAGUACUGCAUCGAGCUGUCGUCCCACCCGGUGGGUCUGGUGAGGGUUGGGAAGAACGUGGUGGUCGGCUGCACCGACGAGAGUCUGCAGGGCUUCACGCAGAAGGGGAAGAAGCUGUGGAAGGUCGUCCUCCCCGCUCCCAUCACCUCCAUGGCUGCCAUGGACCUCCCCACCAGGGGCUUCCAGGCGGUUCUGGUGGGCCUGGCCAACUGUGAGGUCCAUCUGUACCGCGACAAGAACCUGCUGAGCACCAUCAAGACGCCUGAUGUGAUCACCAGCAUCUGCUUCGGCCGCUACGGGCGCGAGGACGGGACCCUGAUCAUGACCACCAAGGGAGGAGGUCUGAUGGUGAAGAUCCUGAAGAGGACGGCAGUCUUUGACGACCGGGACAGCGCCCCAGGGCCGCCGCUGGCCCAGAGUGUCCGCCUCAACGUGCCCAAGAAGACCAAGCUGUAUGUGGACCAGACGCUGAGGGAGCGCGAGAACGGCCUGGCCAUGCACCGCGCCUUCCAGAUGGACUUGAGUCGCCUGCGAUUGGCCUCCGCCAAAGCCUACGUCAAGGCGCUGGAGUCCAGCCUCACGCCGAUGUCCUCCAGCCUCACCGAGCCACUAAAGAUGAACGCCGUGGUGCAGGGCCUGGGCCCGUCCUUCAAACUGACCCUGAACGUCCAGAACACGGCGGCGUGUCGGCCCGUCAUGAACCUAGCCAUCAGCUUCCUGUACGACGAGAGCCUGUACAGGAUGAGGAACCCGUACAUGAGGAUCCCCCUGCUGGUGCCCGGACUCAUCUACCCCGUCGAGACCUUCGUGGAGUGCACCAGCGACAAGGGCAUCUCUGACAUCAUCAAGGUGUUCAUCCUGCACGAGGGGAAGAGCUCGCCGCUGCUGACGGCCCACAUCAACAUGCCCGUCAGCGAGGGACUGACGCUCAACUGACGACACACAACACUUCAACUUUAUUCUUUCCAGACUCCAAAUAUCACAAGACUGAACACUUUAAUUUAUAAACUGAAAACUCUAAAAAUCAGGAGACGGAACUGACGACAAUAAUGCUUCGACUUUAUUUAUUACCGACUUUAAACAUCACAGUACUAAACUGACACCGCACCUCAGUUUUAUUCAUUAGACUCCAGCCAUCAGGAGACUGAACUGACAACCCACAACGCCUCAGUUUUAUUCACUGAAAACUUUAAACAUCAAGAGGCAGAACCCACAACACAUAACACAUCAGCUCUAUUCAUUAGACUCCAUCAAUGACAAGACUGAACCGACAACACAGGACGCUUCAACUGUAUUCAUUAAGGACCACAAACACGACAGGACUGUUAUGACAACACCUGAUGCUUUCAUUUAUUUCACUACACAAUCCAAACAUAAUAAAACUGAACUGCCAUCGCAUGACACGUCAACUGUAUUCACUGCAGACUGAAAUAACAACACAGGAGUCAACUAACAAUACAACGCUUCGGCUGUAUUCAUUAGACUCCAAACAUCACAAGACUGAACUGAAUACACACGACUUUAUGUGUGAUGUCAUGUGAUCUUUCGAUGUUUUGUUAUGAAUAAAGUUGAAGCGUCAUGUGUCGUCUGGAACAAAUGAAUCAGACUACAGGUGUGAAACCUUGAAACACGGAACAGAUACAAACUUAACAUUGUGGAUCUUCAUUUAUAAAAUCAUCAAAUUAAAUGAGUUUCUCUCACUUUGGAUGUAACGCCACAUUCAUGUUUCAUGUUUGAAAAAAUUCUGCGUCUGAAUUACGACAUAAUAUGAUCUGCUCUUUGUAGUUUUGUUAAAAUAUUGUCAGUUUUGUGUAGAUUGGUUUAAGUUUGUGGUUCUUGUUUUAAAACAGUAAUGAGAUGUCCGUGUGGGUGUCCUCAACAUGUUUAAACUCUCAGGGUGAAAAAUCACUGCAGAUAAAAGACUUUUGGCUUCGUUUGUGAAUGUUUUUAGUCUGUAAGGACAAAUAUGCUCUCAGUUUUCUGUGUAUUAUUUUUUUA